AUGCCCAGAAGAAACUACCAUACAGAUGGCAACUUUUUCAGAGGGAAAGGACAUGGCUAUCUUGCAGCAGAAGAAGCCCUGGGUAUUGGACUCUUCAUUUUGGUGCUGGCAAUUUUACUUAUCUUUGGCUGCUGGUAUUACAAAAGACGUAGUGGCUACAAAAGUCUGCGGAGCAAAAGCUCUGGUGUGGGCACAAUACGAACCAUGGUAGGUGAAGGAACAACACUGGACUGCAAAAUCGCUCUGCAGGAGUACAGAAACUUUAAUUCUUUGGUACCUGAUGCUCCACCAGCUUAUGACAAAAUUGCUGCAGAUCACUCACCUCCACCUUAUGCACCAUGA